AUGUUUGAAUAUUGGGAAAUAACAACUUACUCUGAUCCGGCUAUGUAUGCAGAUGAUGUCGAGGAACGGGCUGCUUGUUUCAUCUGUUGCUAUGAAUUUCAGAAUGGAGAUAUAUUAGUCACACUUCCAUGUAACGAUGUGUUUCAUUUAAAUUGCUUCAAUGAGCGGCUGAUGAGGAGGAACGAUUGUCCGUUUUGUAGUGCUGAAGUUUUGCCCACACACGUAGUAGUACUAGAAGAGGAAGAGGAGGAAGAAGAAGAGGAGUUCGAGGAUCAAGAAAUAGUAGAAGAACAAGAAGAGAAGUUCGAGGUUGAAACAAGAACUUAUCGUGCUCCUGCGAUGGACAUAGAUGAUGAUGAGGAACAAGAAACAUGUGCGAUAUGUUUAUGUGAGUAUGAAGAUGAAGAUACCAUUGGCACACUUCAAUGUGGCCAUGAGUUUCAUGUUGGCUGCGUCAACUAG